AUGUCUUCUCGUUCUUCAACAACAACAACAACCAAUCACUCUCAGGCUUCGACCAAAGAGGAUGGUGAGAGAAAUUUAUCUCUAAACAUUCCGACCGUAAACACCCAUAACGCUCCAUGUUCACCAACAAUGGAUCAUCCUACUACCACUACAACCACACUAUCCGAGAAGAAGAGCAGCUCCUCAAGUAGCAGUCAUGGUGUUUCUUCAUCGAUGAACGACCGUCCAAACAACAUUAGGGACAUUAUGGAGUGGUCUGUGGAACAAGUUCAAUCCUUUCUUGAAUCCAAACAUUUUCCUCAAUCCAUGUUGCAGGCAUUCGGAACUGAAAAGAUUGAUGGUUUGUCUCUUUAUUAUUUGUGGAUGUACUCCAACCAAUCAUUGUCAAUGGAUGAUGGAUUCAUGAAUCAUCACGGAAGAGGCAGCUGUAUGGAUUUACAAUUGAAAUUGAAUGAUCGAUUGAAUAUUGGUACAUUGCACGAUUUGGUUCAUCUGAAACACGAAUUGGAUUUGUUAUUUCGAGUUGUUGUGGACCAUCCGAAUGAUGCCAUGGAUCAUCAUGGAGUAUCUGCCCCAUCAACAACCACAUUGCUUGGUAAAUCACUGCCUCAUAUUUCUGUUCCUCCUCCUCAACAACAUCAUGAUGAAACAAUGUCUCAACAUUUGACUUCACAACAUCAUCAUCACCAUCAUUCUGGAGGAACAAUGUAUCAUCACUCCCAUCCUCAUCAUCAUUUCCUUACACGCCAUCCUCAUCACCUUCAUUCUUCACAUUCUGGCUCGUCAACCAACAUUUUAGGGAACAAAUCACCAACCACCACCACUGCAUUGCUACAAGCAUCAUCGUCCCAUCAUAGCCCAAGUCACAAAACUCCAACCUCACCAUCCAUGCCCCCUCCAUCACCACUCUUGUUACAUACAUUGGCAGAAACUCCAGUCUAUACACCCACUCCUCUCUCAAAAAAGAUUCUCUCUUCACUUCCUCCCUCAAUUCCUCAAUUAAUUAAACAAAUUCUUCCGAGUGAAAUUAAGAUAUUGGAUGAGUAUUCACCGGGAGAGAGUUGGGGCUCAAUGAUUACCAAGGUCAUUGUAUCCUUCUCUUACUUGAUGCUGUCAGUCUUUUGCACAAGUGUAACCAUGGUUGUUGUUCAUGAAAGAGUACCACAAGAUUAUCCUCCUCUACCUGAUAUUAUUUUAGACAAUGUCCCACUCAUUCCAAGUGCAUUUGCAAUUUCUGAGCUUAUUUGCCUGAUAUUGGGACUGAUUGUUCUAUUUAUUAUUAUCUUUCACAAGCACCGAGGAAUCAUUGUAAGAAGAUUAUUUGUCAUCAUUGGAACUGUGUUUUUGUUGAGAUGCCUCACCAUGUUUAUUACAUCCUUGAGUGUUCCUGGAAGUCACUUAACCAGUGAGUGCAUGAAAACUCGUGCAGCAAAUAUCACACUAACAUUUGAGGAGAAGAUGAAUCGAGCGAUUGAAAUUACCCUGGGAUUUGGAUUGAGUAUCAUGAAUGUCAAAACUUGUGGUGACUACAUGUUCAGUGGACAUGUCAGUAUUAUUACUCUCUUGAACUAUACCAUCAAUGAAUAUACUCCAAAGAGCUGGAAGGGUCUACAUAUCAUCACAUGGGUUUUGAAUUGCUUUGGAGCCUUUUUCGUAUUGGCUGCACAUGAACACUAUUCGAUUGAUGUUUUUAUUGGAUUCUACAUUAGUAGUCGUCUCUUUGUGUAUUAUCAUGAUAUGGCCAACAUGAGACACAUUAUGGAUUCACAUGGCAUUGAUAGUACUGUUUAUGUUCCAUUGUUUGACUACCUUGAAGAAAUGGUGGAUGGAGUGGUUCAGAAUGAAUUCAUUGUCAAUUUUGAAAGAAAACCCAGCAAUCGAAAUUCAAGAAGUCAAAGCAGUGGUAACAUCCAUGGUGAAGACCUUGUGCUCUCUUCCUCCCAUGAUCAGCAGACCACCAUCGCUCAAUCCCCAAACAAGAUCAAAGACAGCCUUCCCACCACCAUCGCUACCAGUACCAUUGCUUCACCUUCCAAGAAUCCAAGCAAGAACUUGUAG